AUGGCAAAAUCAUAUUCAAAGACUGAAUUUCACAAUUUAAUGAAGAAGGUGGAUGCAGUUGAUGUUAGAGUGAAGAAUUACUUGGAAUUAGCGGGAUAUGAUAACUGGGCUAUACAACAGGCACUGUAUACUUUUACGGAUCUUAUUGGUAAAUUUCAACAAAUUCUUCAACAAAAUAAAGCGGAGUGUACGCGUAUAAAGGAAAAUACAUAUGCUGAGAUGGUUAAAUACAUUUGCAAAACUGUUUCUGACAUAACCUUGCAGAAAAAUACAUAUGCUGAGAUGGUAAUACCUUCAUCAGAGUAUAUUUAUACAGUCCAUGACAAGGAGAAACAUUUUAUUGUUUGUCUUAAGGAAAAAAAAUGUUCUUGCAAUGCAUUUCAGUUGGAUGAGAUAACGUGUGUUCAUGCUUGUGCAGUUCUUAAUAGCAAGAAUUUUAAGAAGGGACCAUAUUGCUCUGAUCUUUACAAGCCAAAAACAGUCUUGCGAACAUAUGAUCUUCCAGUUUAUUCUUUACCACACAAAGAUGACUGGAUAAUUCCUAAGAAAAUUUUGAAUGAG